UCUUCACUGCGAAGGCAAGUUAAUUGCAAAAUCUCAUAGAGGAUCUUUUGUUUCGCACCCAAUCCUCCGGCUAAAGCGUGACAAAAUCUCUGUAAUGCACUCUAAGGAUCACCAAGCCGCCGAACCAGACGACGACGAAGAAAAAGAAAAAGAAGAGGAGAGAUAAAUGGUUCCUGCGAUUCCUCAAGCAGCAGCAGCAGCAGGAAUCUCCACCACCACUCGCACUAGUAAACCGCCUCCAGAUCCGGAAGAUAAACCUCAACCCAACCACAAUGGCGGAAGAAGACCUAGACUCAAAAACGUCCCCUCUCGCUACUUAUCAUCAUCCCCUUCUCCUUCUCCUUCCCCUUCUCACUCAACCUCCUCUACCACUUCUUCUUCUUCGUCUGCAUUACUCAAGACGAGUAAGCGAUAUCCUUCCCCACUGCUCCCUCGCGCUUCUAAUUUCACUAAAACGCCUUCCUCGCUCCUCAAUCGGUCCCAAUCCGUAGACCGCCGCCGGCCUCCCGUCACCGAACUGUCGGUGGCCGCGAAGAUGCUCAUCACUUCCACCAGGAGCUUAUCUGUUUCCUUCCAAGGAGAGGCGUUCUCCCUUCCGAUUAGCAAGAAGAAGAAGGAGACUACUACUACUAGUACUACUACCACCACGCCGGUUUCUCACCGGAAACCUACUCCCGAUCGGCGGAAGCCGACUCCGGUUCGAGAUCAGAGGGAGAACUCAAAUCCGGUGGACCAGCAGAAACUCUGGCCUGGCGCUUCAAGGAGAGGAACUUCCGAAUCUGCGCCGAGUUCACUUUCUAGAAAUGUGGAUGAUGAUAGAGGAAAGAAGCUUGGAUCUAAGUUUGUGGGAACGUCAAUGUUGCAGCAUUCUCUGAUUGAUGAGAGUUAUAGGGUUUAUACUGAUGGGAGGAGACUAGGUUUAGAUUUGGGAGAAGUUGAUGGAGUUUUGGAAUUGAGAGAUGAGAGAAAGACAAGUGUCGUCGUCACAAGCACUACUGACUUUACUGCGUCUGAUACAGAUAGUGUUUCAUCUGGUAGCACUAAUGGUGCGCAGGAACGUGGUGAAAUCUCUAAAAGGAGCUUACAAUGUAACAGUAUGGCUUCUGCUAAGUUUUGGCAAGAGACUAACACCCGGUUACGACGGUUGCAGGAUCCUGGUGGCUCACCUCGGUGCUCUACUCCGAGUUCGAGGAUCAGUAGUAUGUCAACAAAGCUGACCCAGUCUAAACGGUUCUCUAGUGAUAGUCCGUCGUUGGUGUCAUCUCCUCGUGGUCAUGCUUCUCCGAUAAGAGGUGCUGUUACUACUCGGCCUGCUUCACCGAGUAAGGUUUGGGCGACAGGUCAAGCUAGGGCAGUUUCAAGUCCUUCUCGUGUGAGGAAUGGAGUUUCUGAGCAGAUGAACGCUUAUAACCGCAUCUUGCCUUCGAUUCUUUGUUUCUCUGCUGAUAUUAGGAGAGGGAAAAUUGGGGAGGAUCGGGUUGUGGAUGCCCACUUGUUGAGGCUUUUGUAUAACCGUCAUCUUCAGUGGCGGUUUGCCAAUGCCAGGGCUGACUCCGCUUUCAUGGUGCAGAGACUGAGUGCAGAGAAAAACCUGUGGAAUGCUUGGGUAUCAAUCUCGGACUUGCGCCAUUCUGUCACUCUGAAACGGAUCAGGUUGCUCUUACUGAAGCAGAAAUUGAAACUAGCUUCCAUCUUGAAGGAGCAGAUGAGUUACUUAGAAGAAUGGUCUCUUCUAGAUAGAGAUCAUUCAAAUUCUUUGUUAGGAGCAACUGAAGCCUUGAAAGCCAGCACACUUCGUCUUCCAAUAAUUGGAAAAGCUGUGGUAGAUGUUCUAGAGCUUAAGCAUGCUAUUAGUUCAGCUGUUGAUGUCAUGCACGCUAUGGCGUCUUCCAUAUUCUCGCUCACAUCGAAGGUGGAUGAAAUGAAUUCAGUAAUGGCGGAGAUGGUGAAUAUCACUGCACAAGAAAAGGUCUUGCUUGAACAGUGUCAAGGAUUCUUAUCAAUAGUAGCAGCUAUGCAGGUUAAAGACUGUAGCAUGAAGACGCACAUAAUACAACUAAGCCGGAAACUGACUUCACAACUGUAGAAAUUGAUGGGUUUAUGACUCUACUCUCACACCACUGCCGACAUGAUUUCUAACCAUGCUUACGUUCCCACGACCUUUAUCAUUUUCAACCGGAUUAAGGUGAGACUCUCGAGGGAUAUCUGUUUCCUUGCGUAAGUUUCUUGUUUUUGGAGAUUACAUUAGAGAAAGUUAAAAGAAUAGAAUGUGGUGCUUUUUUUUUAACCUAUGAAGUUCAGCGUUAAUUGUAUACAAUGAAUCGUUCUCUUUGGUUCUCUAAUGAAGAAAAAAGUGUAUAUAAAAGAAAGGUUCUCUAACGA